AUGAACAAUCUGAGCGCUGAGCUCAUACUGAACGAGCACAACAUCGAAAUACCAGCACCAACUGCAGCGGAUGUGGACAGCAGCGCGGCCAUCAAUGUCAGCCAAGUGGUCACGCAUCUGCAGGGCAUCAACAACAGCUUUGUGCUGAAUGUGGUCAAUCGCUUGAAUCGCAUAUAUGAUUUUAAAAACUUUAUAUUCUACUUAUCGGAGCGUUUGAAUGUGCACAACCCAAGCGGCGAUGAGUUCCUGUUCAACUUUCGCCGCACCUUUCCACUGAAGCCGAAAGUUUUUCUACGCCAGCAUAGCAAUGGCAGCAGAACAAUGCGCGAUCUGAUAAGCACACCCUCGCUGGUGAUGAUCUAUACGACGGGCAGCACGGAUCCCAUUAUGGAGGUGGCGGCGCAAAGCUUGAAAGGCGUGCGUUGGUUCAAGACCAUGUUCAUUUUGUUUCCGCGUCUGACCAGCGCUGAUUUCUACGCCGACUUGGACGACUAUGCGCGCUUUAGCAGGCUUGUGCGGGAGGUGCUGGAGUGGUCCUGGCAGCGGCAGUUCACCAACACGCUGCUGCUCACCAUACGCAAUCAUGUUUAUCUGCUGGAGCCGUAUCCCACACUCAGCGUAGUCAAUAGCACGCUCAACUGGCAGGCGCGCAAGUUCUUCAAGCGCUAUGCGAGCAACAUGCAGGGCUAUGUGGUGCAGUCCCCCAUUAUGUACGACCUGCCGCGUGUGUUUAAGGGGCGGAAUGGGCAGGUGUUUGGCAAUAGUGGGCGCUUGUUUUACAAUUUUCUGCACUGGGUGAAUGCGACGCUGCAUGUGCCAAACGAGAAUCAGACGCUCAAAUAUUUUGAGCUCUCGAGCAUGCUGGAAUUGGUUAUACAGGGCGUAUACGAAACGAUGAUACACUCGUUUACAGAUCUUACCGGCAACCACUCGUCCAGCUUUAGCUAUCCCAUAGGCAUCAACGACUGGUGUCUCAUGGUGCCCUACAAUCGCCAAUCUCCGCAAGAAACCUACGUGCGUGAGGCGCUGGAUGACAUAGUCUGGCUGCUGCUGCUGCUGACCGCUGCGUACAUGAGCAUGGCCAUCUGGCUGUGCACACCGCGGCGUCCGCGUGACUUUAGCGCCGCUGUGCUGCAGUGCGUCACCUGCUUUACCAACAGUCCGCCCUUGUCUGUCAUGCGCAUCGCCACCAAGCGCAUGCGUUACUUAUACGUCAUGAUGUUCAUCAUGGGUAUUGUCAGCUCGAACAUGUACAUAUCCAAAAUGGCCAGCUAUAUGACCUCGACGCCCACUCCGCUGCAGCUCAACACUAUGCAGGACAUCAUAGCAGCCAAUUUACGCAUUCAGGUGCAAAGCUUUGAGUACGACCGUUUGGUGCUGUCCUCGCAGCAAUAUUCACAGCGCUUUCUGCAGCAGGUGGACGUGGUGGAUGCGCAGACAAGUCAACUGCAUCGCGAUAGGCUCAAUACCAGCUUUGGCUAUUUUGUGCCCAGCGAUCGUUGGAUCUUUCUGGACAUGCAGCAGCGGCAUCUGAACAAGCCGCGCUUCAGGCUCACAGACAUUUGCACUGGGCCCUUCUAUCAUGUGUAUCCCAUGCACUUGGACUCGCACCUGCACUCGGUGCAUCAGGAAUUCAUAUUGCUGGUGCAGCAGUCGGGACUGCACCAGUAUUGGUCGCAGGAGGCUUUUCUGGAAGCCUUGAGCAUGCAUUAUAUGCAAUACUACUUGGAGACCAACGCUCCCGCGCCGCUCAGCAUGAGCUUCUUUGGCACUAUGAUGCGCACUUGGUGUAUGGGCUUGGUGCUCGCUGGUCUGUCCUUUGUCUUGGAGAUGAAGUGCCAGUUGCUUAAAAGCUACAAGCAGCGCUUUAAAUUUAGUUUUCAGCGCAAGCUACAAGCGCUUUUCAAUGUACUCAGACGACAGUAA